UCCCAAACAAAAACUUUUCAGGACUUCCUGUAAUCUCCCAGCUCUGCCCGCCAGGACGGUGGGAACCGACAGGAGCGACAAGCAGACAUGAAACCCGAACUAUGGUUCUGAUGGCUGAACCGGCGGACGCUCCUCUGACCCCGUUAUCUGGCCCGGAACCACCACUUCCCUGCAAGGACUCCCGGGGGAAGAGCUCGACGUCUGAGGUGGACAAUGAAAGUGAGAGGAGACAGAGGAGGCGUGGACAUACGUCCCCGGACCUCCAGCUCCUGCUGGACUUAGAGUCGGACCCCUCAGACAGCAGGAAGAAACCAGCCAGCAUCAGACACAAACCUGCAGAGCCGCUUUCACCAAUGCUGAGUCUGAGUGACUUUGAAACUAAGUUUGACCGGAAGAAAUCCCAAUCCAACCAGUUGUCAAAGGCAAAUGCACAGUACCACAAGUUAUUUAAAACCGUCAACAAAGAUGAAAUCCUCAAACAAAGUUACACCUGUGCCUUACAAAAAGACAUUUUAUAUCAGGGGAAACUGUUUGUUUCUGACAACUGGAUCUGUUUCCACUCAAAAGUCUUUGGCAAAGAUAUCAAGAUUUCCAUCCCAGUGACAUCUGUGAAAUUAAUCAGAAAAACUAAAACAGCAAUAUUAGUGCCAAAUGCACUGGUGAUCGAAACUACAAAAGAACAACAUGUUUUUGUGUCGUUUCUUUCUAGAAACAACACCUUCAAACUUCUGAAAUCCAUCUGCCCUCACCUGGAAGUGGAUAAGAUCAGCAGCAGCCCUGUAACUUCCUCCUGUGAGCACAGCUUCAGAACCAGCUGCCCGUCGUCGCUUCCUCUGGACUUUUCUGGAGACUUCUCCUACCUGGAUGGAGUCGUGCAGCAGAGGCGACAGGACAUGAUGGAGAGCAGCAGCUCCGGGUCUCAGACUCCAGAUUAUGACAAAAUGACCGACUUCACAAACCUUCCGGACACGUUUCUCAGCGGAGUGAAGAGCAGAGAGGUUUCAGUCCAUGCUGACAUUCACCUGCAGAGCCCGAGCCAAAAGAACGGCUCAGUGAAACCAACACAAGGACCCACUGUGAAAAACCCUUCCUCCCAGCCAAAGUCUCUGCACAUCAUCCUCUUCGUUUAUCUGUUUUUAGUCGGCAUCCUCGUCUUGUCUUCCUGUUACAUGGCCUUCAAGAUUGUUGCUCUCGAGCAUCGAUUGAACUCCUUGCUGUCGAUGGGAGAACUCAUUCAUAACAAGAAUCCCAGGAGCCAAAGGUCACAAGUUGAAGUGAGUGCUGAGAUCUACGGGGAGCUGUCUACCAACCUCUUCAAGUUAGAGAAGAUUCAAAGAAACCUCAGGAAGCUACUGGAGGAGACCUCGAAGGAGUCUGUUGUGGGCUGAUCUGUCCAGACGGAAGCUUCACUUUUAAUUAGAGAGGCAGUGUGAGCUCUGCCGAGCAGCACAGUUGGUUGCUCCAUUGCCAAAGCACAGAGAGCUGUGUUUAGAAAGCUGUGUGAACAUUCGUUGUGCAAUAAUGAUAUUAUCCUCUUUCUGCUUUUCACUCAGGACUUCUUCUGUUCCUCACUGUAAGGAUGUCUGUGCUGCAGCUGUAGGGUCACGUCAGGCAGGAUUUCUGUUGCUUCAACAUCCGUAGAUUUAUGGGUCAAAGGGGUCAAAGGUCACAUGUCAGUGUUUUCACAAUUUCCUUAAAAGGUCAAAGUGCUGUUCAGCAGAUUUUGUUAACUAUGGAAGGUUUGUAAAUUAUAUUUACACGAUGUCAGUAAAUCACUCCUGAGGGGAUCUUUGCACAACAGGCUCAUUCCUUUUUAUAGUGUAGAAAAGAUUUUUUUUAUCUAUUUGUAAAUAAAUAAGUGCUUUAUUAUACAUAUUAACAUUUUGAUGAUACUUUAGAAUCAGUUUAAGUUAGUUGAGUUUAAAAGUUUAUUUAUCAAAAAAAAUCAACCAAUCAAUCAAUCACUAAAAGUCUUAAGUUUAGUAGAUGUAGAUAUUUUAUCAAAUAAACAUUUUUGAAAAUG